AUGGUCAGCAAAGCUGAAAGCCGGGCGGCGGUCAGACCCAGGCUGAGUUCAGGAGAGGACGUGCAGGCAGCCAUGGGCAGCAUGAGGACGCUAGCGAGUCUCAGCGUGCGGAGCAGCCCUGUGUCGCACAUGUUCAUGAACUCCUCGGGGAAGCUGCAGAAGCAGCUGCGCAAAGGAGAAUUUGCUAUGUUCAAGCACUCACCCGUGUUUGAGAGCGACUUCAUCCAAGUCAGCAGAAAAGGAUAUUCGAUUGACAUGCACAACACUGUGCAGAUGGUGACUGUGGGCAUCACAUUCAGCAGCCCCAGUCUCGCGAUGCCGGACAUCAUGCUGCUCGCACGACCAGCUGGCGACCAUGAAGUCAGUGCCGGACAUGACCAAGACACCAAAGGGAGGGGCCUCAAGUCAGCCAAGAGCAAGCUGGAGCUGACCAGACUGCUUCCUCUGAAGUUUGUGAAGUUAUCCAUCUUCCAUCAUGAGAAAAAGCAGCUACGCCUGAAGCUUGCCACUGGCCGCUCUUUCUACCUGCAGCUGUGCCCCUCUGAAGAUGGAAAAGAGGACGUGUUUGCACAGUGGGAGGACUUGGUGUUCCUCCUCAGACCACCCGUGGAGGCGUAUAGCGGUAUGCAGGCUGAGCUGGCCUCCGACAUGCUGGACUUACCUGUGUUAGAGAACGAGGACAAGAAGAGCCCAGAAGCCGUGGAGGUCCAUGGAGAGGGGCAGCAGGACCAGGUGAGCGUCUGGAGCCUUCCCAUGGACAUUGAGGUGUCGGAGGCCACCUCUCCUGCUCACGUCGCUUCGGAAUGA